CUCUAUGCAAUGUACCAGACGUUUUCCUUGUUGCGGGCAUGCUGCAAGUUCAUUAUCGAUUUAUUGCACUAUAGAUAGGGCUGUACGAACCUCGCCGGGGUCAUGCAAAGCAAUGCAGAACUAACUGUUCGUGUGACGUAAUAUAAUAUCAUGCUGUGGGAACUGUAGACGAGUUUUGUGUUCUUUCGACCACGAAUUCAAUAAAAUUAGGAACCUUCUGGCGGGCUAGUCUUUUCUGAUCGCACUUUUAAUCAUUUCUCGCUAGGUGACCACUUUGCUGAAUCAUGGCCGUGAUAAGGACUGCACUCCUCGCCUGCUUGGUCGGGAUCGUUCUCUACGUGUACUUUGAACCCAUACCAGACGCCAUCGAGAUACCCUGGAAAUUAAAGCUAAUUUCACACUUAUUCCCAGUGACUUCUCGUUUGGCGUCCAUCAUGCCGGAGGGAGAGGUGAAAACGUGGUUGGAUACUUUCCUCGUUGGGGCCAUGAGGUCCAGUGGCCCGAACGUCACCUACAGAGACACGACUUACGGCGGGGUGCCCGUGCGUGUCUUUGACGACCAACACGACGGGGAGAAAGCGGCCAAACGCCCGGCGAUUGUCUACUAUCACGGCGGGGGAUGGAUCUUGGGACGCGUGGAUCUGUACCAUGCUCUGACGUCUGAAAUAGCCAGAGAAACUGGUGCGGUUGUCGUUUCUGUUGAGUACCGGCUUGCCCCAAAGCACGUGUUUCCCGCAGCUAUAGAUGACUGCACGGCAGCAACCGUUGGAUUCCUGCAACAUCUCCAAGACCUCAACGUUGACCCAACCAGAGUGGCUGUCAUGGGGGACAGUGCUGGCGGAAAUCUAGCUGCUGCCGUCGCCCAGAGGUUGACCUUUGACCCGAAGUAUAAGAAGCUGCCCGGGCUUAAGAUGCAGGUUCUGAUCUACCCUUGUUUGCAGGCCUUCGACUAUCAGACGCCUUCCAUCCAGCAGAACGGAGACUACAAGACUGUCAUCCUGAAUAGGGUGAACACGGCUUGGUUUUUGUCGGUGUAUCUUAACUUCAGUCCAUCCUUUCGGACACCGAUGUCCCUAAACCAACAUACUUCAGCAAAAGCCAAGAGAUCUCCCCUGAUCAAGAAAUGCCUGUCCCACGAUCUUAUCCCGGAUGAGUUCAAGCAGACUGGCUACAAAGCGCCCUCAACCGACUUCGGGGAUGAAGACAUCUACAAGGAGAUCAAAGACGUCCUCUUGAAUCCAGACUUCUCUCCUCUCAUGCGAGAAGACCUGAGAGGACUCCCAGAGGCUUACAUCCUGACCGCCGAGUAUGACGUCUUGAGGGAUGACGGCAUCAUGUACGCCAAGCGUCUGGAAAAGGCGGGAGUGCCAGUCACUUGGAAGCAUUACAAGAAAGGUUACCACGCCAUGUUUGACAUUAAGGGCGGGUUUCGGUCUUCCCCUUCGUCAGAGCUAGCGUCUGAAGAUUUCUACAAUUUUGCAAAAAAACAUCUGUGAUCGAUGUUUGAUAUUUGUGAAAGAUGAAACGGGGCUGAAAGCAGUCAUUAGACAAGUUUAGUCUUCUAACAGUUGAGUUUUUCAAUUAAUAAUCUUAAACUUACUCAGAGAAAUGCUACAAAAAUGAGGAAAUUUCGUUUUCUGUCAAGCUUUUAUAUGCCGCCUAGCUCUUAGAAACAGUUCCGCAAUAAAUAUGUUAACGAAGUGGGUGAUGACAUAAAAAAUAGUACACUACUGAAGUUCAAUUUUUGGAUGAGUAUAUAUAAAGCUUUUUCGUUGUUUUUUGUUAAGGAAAGGUCGACCUUUCCGUUUGGUUGCACAAGCCAGGGAAGGUCUUCAGCACAAAAAAUACAGUGCCCAGGAACAUGACCCCCCCCUUCAGUUACUUCAGUAAUGGGAUAGGAUCUUGGGAGUCAGACAUGAUGGGGGAGUGGUUAGGCCUAUGUAAAUUAGCAUAGAAAGCAUUUAAAUAUUGAUUGUGCCGAUGCUGUGAUUGGCAGGAAAUCUAAGCGAUGGGUUGAAUAAUCUGAAAUAGUUUGUUUCACUUUCUAAUGCCUUUCUUACACAAAACGAUUUUGGUUAUUAAAGAUUAAGUGGCUGAUUGUUUUAACAGGUA